GAGGACAGCUCUGUGUUCUUAUCCCAAGCUGCAUGGAGAGUCUGCAUGCUGCUGAAUGACCGGCACGUCUCAGCUUAUGGAAAGGAUGGGCUCUUAUGUCUUGUGGCUGGCCUUGGCCUCCUGCAUUCUGACCCUGGCAUCUACAGAACAGCAAGACCCCUACACUGUGAAGAACGAGUGUGAGAACGCCUGCCGCCCGGAGGAGGAGUGCAGCUUUCUCAAUGGCACCUGGGACUGUUACUGCAGACAGGACCUCAACAGCUCUGAUGUACACAGUUUGCAGCCUCAGCUGAACUGUGGAGAUAAGGAGAUCAGGGUGUCACUGGACAAGUGUCAGCUGGGAGGCCUGGGUUUUGGGGACAAGGUCAUCGCCUACCUGCGAGACUGGAACUGCAACAGCAUCACGCAAAGAGAGGAGAGAAACUGGAUAUCCGUGACUAGCCCUACUGAGGCUAGGGCCUGUGGAAACAUUCUGGAGAGAAAUGGAACCCAUGCCAUCUACAAAAACACCCUCUCCGUGGCCAAUGAGUUCAUCAUCAGAGACACCAUCCUCAACAUCAAUUUCCGGUGUGCCUACCCACUGGACAUGAAAGUCAGCCUCCAAACUGCCCUGCAGCCCAUUGUAAGUUCUCUGAACAUCAGUGUGGACGGGGAUGGAGAGUUCACUGUCAGGAUGGCCCUGUUCCAAGACCAGAACUAUACAUCUCCUUACGAAGGGGCCAUAGCUGUUCUGACUGUUGAAUCCAUGCUCUAUGUGGGAGCCAUCUUGGAGAGAGGGGACACCUCCCGGUUUAACCUGUUGUUGAGGAACUGCUAUGCCACGCCUACCAAAGACAAGACUGACCCUGUGAAAUAUUUCAUCAUCAGAAACGGCUGCCCAAAUCAAUAUGAUUCCACCAUCCGUGUGGAGGAGAAUGGGGUGUCCUCAGAAAGCCGGUUCUCAGUUCAGAUGUUCAUGUUUGCUGGAAAUUAUGACCUAGUUUUCCUGCAUUGUGAGAUUCAUCUCUGCGAUUCCCUUAAUGAACAGUGCCAGCCGUCUUGCUCAAGAAGUCAACUCCGCAGUGAAGUAGUGGCUAUCAAUCCAGCCCAGGUUCUAGAUUUGGGACCCAUCACUCGGAGAGGCACUCCAUCUCUUGGCGUCGCGAACGGAACCCCCAGCUCUGCAGGGUUCCUGGUGGCCUGGCCCAUGCUUCUGCUGCCUGUGCUCCUGGCUGGGUUGUUCUGAGAGCUCAGAUGAGCAACUGGCCUUGAAGCUCAUGUUCUUCCCUCUGGCAAUGGCUUCCAGUCACCCAUCGGCUAUGCUGGUUCUCUCUCCAAAUCACGUAGACAAUCUUGGUGUUUAUAGACUCUGGGCCAGGCUAGGUUUGGGGAAAGGGAAGAUAUUUCCCUUGUUCAACACUCUCU